GAUCUCUUGCUUUGCAGAAUGUGGCGUGUAAUAAAGAAGAAAAAUCUUCCUCAGCUUUGGAUCAAAGGUAGCACUAGCACCUUAGCAAACAACCCCAAGAUAGUAUUUGGCCUCUAUGGUGCUUUUCAAAACACUGUAAAGCGCUGAAUCCUGAUCAGGCCAGCGACGUUAUCAGAACUAGCACGCGCAUGUGACGCCAUGAGAGCGAGAAUUAGCAUCUGCUGUGAGCUCAUGCUACAUAGCUAGCUGCUUCUAAUAGGCAUUACCUUUAACUCUUUUUUGUCCUUCGUCGGUUUAGUUACUCAGUUGUCAACAACAUUGUAGUCAAUACUGGUUGGAGGUACAAUAGCUUCAACGGUGGAUAGUCUGCGGUACUUUUGCCUGUGAAUGUGUAGCUAAGAUGUUAGCCGAACACGCAUAGCCUUGUGACAUUUAAUGCCAGUUCUGACAAAGAAAAGCUCUGGUGUUCAAAAGUUCAUCGGACAGCAUGGGAAUAAAACACGAGACGGCAUCUUAGCGCUUAGUAGACUUCGUUCAACAUCACGAUUUUGGUAAGAUCGCACCUGUACGAGCCUGUUGAAGCCAGAAAGAGAAGAUCACGAUUAACAUCAUGUCCGAGGACACCAUCGUGGACAGGUUCAUUAAGGAAACAUCCAUCCUGGAAGAGUAUAACAUCAAUUGGACACAGAAGCUGGGAGCUGGGAUCAGUGGUCCUGUCAGGGUAUGUGUGAAGAAGUCGACACAAGAACGGUUUGCCCUUAAGAUCUUGAUUGACAGACCCAAAGCACGCAAUGAGGUUCGGCUUCAUAUGAUGUGUGCCUCUCACACCAACAUUGUUAAAAUAAUUGAGGUGUAUGCCAACAGUGUACAGUUUCCUCAUGAAUCCAGUCCAAGGGCAAGGUUAUUAAUUGUCAUGGAAAUGAUGGAAGGUGGCGAGUUGUUCCACAGAAUAAGCCAGCACAAGCACUUUACAGAGAAGAUGGCCAGCCAGGUCACAAAACAGAUAAGCCUUGCAUUGCAACACUGUCAUUCAUUAAAUAUUGCACAUCGAGACCUGAAACCGGAGAACCUGCUCUUCAAGGAUAAUUCCCUGGACGCCCCUGUUAAACUGUGUGAUUUUGGUUUUGCCAAAAUCGACCAAGGUGAUCUAAUGACCCCACAGUUCACUCCAUACUACGUAGCACCGCAGGUGCUGGAGGCACAAAGACGGCACCAGAAAGAAAAGUCUGGAAUAAUACCUACCUCACCCACCCCUUACACUUACAACAAGAGCUGUGACCUAUGGUCCUUGGGGGUGAUCGUCUACGUAAUGCUCUGCGGAUAUCCUCCGUUUUACUCCAAACAUCACAGCCGCACAAUCCCAAAAGACAUGCGCAAAAAAAUCAUGACGGGCAGCUUCGACUUCCCAGAGGAGGAGUGGAGUCAAAUAUCUGAAAUGGCCAAGGACAUUGUCCGCAAGCUACUUAAAGUAAAGCCGGAGGAGAGACUAACCAUAGAGGGAGUAUUAGCCCAUCCCUGGCUCAACUGCACUGAGGCACUGGACAAUGUGCUUCCCUCUGCUCAAAUGAUGAUGGACAAGGUGAGCUCCAAAGAAAGACCAGAUUUAGGGUGUGUUCACACUUGGCAGGUUUAGUUUGAUGAAAACAAA